CAAAAAAUGCCUGCGGUUUAACUAUGACUUCCUCGUCUCGUAUUGUCGGCGGGAGCAAUGCACUUUCGGGACAGUGGCCAUGGCAGGUCAGCGUGUUUUACAAAGGAGGACACUGGUGCGGGGGGUCGAUCAUUGAUAACGAAUGGAUUGUCAGCGCUGCGCAUUGUUUUCAUGACGAUCGAAAUACGGCAAACUACAAAAUCACCGUUGGUGAUCAUGACUUGCGAUACAGCAGUAGAUACGAACAGGUUGUUCCAAUCGAGAGGCUAAUAAUUCAUGAUGACUACGAUCCCAACAGUCAGGAUAAUGAUAUAGCGUUGCUGAAGUUGGAAACCCCCAUCAAGUACAAUAGUCGGGCCCUACCCGUUUGCCUGCCUUCCUCUAACCUGCCUGCGGGCACGCAAUGCUGGGUGACAGGCUGGGGCGCCUUGGAGGAAGAUGGUCACGGUCCAGCGAUCCUGCAACAGGCUAAAGUACCUCUUGUUAGUAAGCAAGACUGUGGUUAUGUUUACGGUUCGCUCACAUCGAGCAUGCUCUGUGCUGGCUACCACACUGGGAAGAUUGAUUCCUGUCAAGGGGACAGCGGGGGACCAUUGGUGUGCAGUGUGAACAGAAGGUGGCAUCUGAUGGGCGCUGUGAGCUGGGGCGUCGGCUGUGCUAGAAAGGGGUAUUAUGGGGUAUAUGCUGAUAUUGUACACUUCAAAAGCUGGAUAACUAAUGUGAUGUAAUGUGGUCAUAACAAAUAAACU